AUGGCCAACUGUUGCUCAAAGCUGGUUCUUUUUAUUAUUACACUUAUCACAAUCGGUGCAAUCACUGCUGCCACAAUCUCUGCUACAGUUCUUAUCUACAAGUAUAAGAUCCCACAAAUCAGUGGUGAUAAGACACUCGCUGCCAUCCUCAUUGUUGCUGACGUAAUUUUCAUCUUUGCUUUCGUUUUCGAUGUUGUUGCUUCAUUCAGCAAGAACAAAUGCAUGUCAGUUAUUCAAUCAAUUAUCUUCCUCGUUCUUGCCGCCAUCUGCAUUGGUAUCAUUGUUGGCACUGUCUUAUACAACAAGAAGGCCUUUGAUAAGUUCGGAGCUUACUGGGAGAACUGCAGCAAAUCAACAAAUGAUUCUUCAUCCGUUUGCGAGGCUAUCAGAGAAGCUGAAAAGACUCUCGGGUGCACUGGCUGGCCAAAGGAGGAAGAAAACGCAACCAACGAAACUAAUUCAUCCACAAAGACAUGCAAGGAUACAAUCCAGGGUGGAUUCAAGAAGUACAUGAUCUUCGUCUAUGUCGCUUUCGGUAUCUUCGCUGCUAUCUUAAUUGUCGGUACAGUUCUUAGCUGCAUCAAGCUUUGCCAGAGCGGUGAUGAGACAAACGGCGCUAAGGAACAGGCUGAACAACCAUUAUCAUACGGCUGGUAA